UUGCGGUCAGACCGGGCAGAGUCAUCCCGAGGGGUGGGUCCUCCGGCGGCAGAGAAGGAAAACCCACCUUUUUUCAUUGUUAAGGACGCGGUGGAAUGUGAUGGUUUGAUCUCAGCCCGGCCAGGGAGGGGAAUAUCCGAGAGGAAAGGACCGAGAAAAGCGCUUUGGAAAGCUGCGGAAGAGAGGAAAAGCAGCCCCCCCUGGCGCCUCCAACUCUCCGGGCUUGUCUGGGAUGAACUCGCCGUGUUUGCGAGUCCGCGUGAGCUCGACUUGUGGAUACAGCGUGGAGCUUUGAAGAGCCCGGAGGAGCCGAGGAUGAAGACUUUUGAGGAGAGCCAUGAGUAAACCACACCACAAGAAUGGAUGUGCACUAUGACAGAUCCGUCUGCUAAACACAGCUGUGAGGCGAGUUGAAAGCCUUGGAGCAACAGCCGCAGAUGCAAAAAAAAAAAAACAGUCCGAUUGAAGAGAGCAACCAGAAUUCCCUUGAAUGACAUCAUCUUUUUCCGGGCCACUGUUUAAUAUAAAAUUUGGUAUUACAGCCACACAAAUGUGGACCCUUCAAAAGUCUGUCAUCAAAUAACCGACAUCACUUACGAGACGCAUCGCCCCGAAGAACCCUGUAGCCAUGUCGGAUCAUAAAGACAUGACGCAUCGCCACCUGCGGCACAAGCUGCAGAGCCUGAGCAGAAGACUAGAUGAGCUGGAAGAGGCCACCAAUAAGCUGCAGAAGUCUGAAGAUGAGCUGCUCGAUCUUCAGGACAAGAUCAUCCAGGCUGAAGGGAGCAACUCAUCGCAACUCGCAGACGUGGAGGCUCUGAGGAAGCGUCUUCUGAGGAUCCAAGGGAAAGACGAGGAAGUGCGUAAAGCCGAGGACCUGUGCCGGACCGUGCGUGAAAAACUGGAAGAGGAAGAAAACCUCACAAAGGACCUGAAAGCAGAGAUCGAACGUCUCCAGCGAAGGAUGGCAGAACUGGAAAAAUUGGAAGAAGCCUUUGGGAAGAGCAAGUCUGACUGUAGCCAGCUUUGCCUGAGCCUCAACGAGGAAAAAAACUUGACGAAGAAGCUUUCAACUGAGUUGGAGGCUCUGAAAGCUCGCUUGAAGGAAGUGGAAGGAUCUGAGACGAAGCUGAACCGAGCAGAGCAGGCCUUGACUAUGGAGCUCGAGAAGCUGAAGGGAUUGAGCGAGAGCUUCAUGACUGAACGUAAGAGGCUACUGCAGAAGCAGCAAGAGGAUGCAAAUGUUAUUUUUAAGCUGACAGAGCAGCUCGAGCACCAGAAGAUCCGGCUUGGUAUGCCGGCCGACGCGGGUCAUGCCGAUUUAAUGAGGUCCAGAAUCGAGGACGAGCUGUCGUCCACGGGAAUCCUCGCGAAUAAACGGGCUGUGCGCAAGAAAAGCAGUGACUACUUGAAGUUGUCUGACGAUAGCCUGCUGAAUAAAACCGAGAAUCAGAAGAACAGUAGCCUUGAGGGUUCGCAGGAGGAGGACAACAAAGUUAAGGAGUUGACACAGGAAGUAGAAAGGUUAAAGAAUCGUCUCAAGCAGCUGGAGAUCGUGGAGGAGGACCUGAAGAUUUCGGAGUGUAAAAACGGGGAGCUUAAUGAAAAGUAUCAGAUAGAACUGAACCGAGCUCACAACCUGGCGGAGCAGGUGGAGCAGCUGAGGACGCAGUUGUGUGGAAAAGUGGGAGGAAAUGGCAGCUGUAAAACAGUCAUGCCAAACAGCACGGCAAAGGUUCUAGAGAACGGCAAAGCUGAGAACGAGGAGAUCAGCACGAAAGGAUUCCGGCAGGAGAAGCCGAAAUAUAAGAAUGCCCCGUCCGUCUCGGAACCCACUUCGCCCAAGCUUUCGCCUCUUCACAAAAGAGAAGCCAGGGUGCGAGGCAGAGAUCUGAGCCACUCUGAAGAUGCUUCGCCCUUGUCUUCAAGAAGAGCCCUUAGCCCCGCCCAAAUGGCCAGGCGGAAGCCCAAAAACCCUGUUGUCUCAUCUGAUAAUGGAUUAAAAGAUUCAGGCAGAGGGCCUGACGAAAAGACAAGAGGGUUGGCGUACAGCCCCUUAAAUUCCUCUUCUAGUGAUGCUAAAAAAGCCUCUGUUCUGAGCCGUUACCCUCCGGCGGCAAACGACCAGAAGCCGCUGAGGUCUGCCCCAAAACACACUGAUGGAGACAGCAAGAAGAGUAGGUUAGAGAAGAUUUCAAAAACCUAUAUAGGCAGUGAUAGUGAAUCUAACAAUUCCGAUGUCGUGCCUGAGAGCACCACGACCGUCGGCAGUCUGUCUGCACUGGUAAAGGACCCUGGUUCCGAUCAAGAGUUGCUGGACCAGGUUGAAGAAACUGUUGCUGUAACUGUAGCGUCCAAAAUGUCCAAAGCAAAUGGGUCUUAUGCAGCAUAUAGGUCACACAUCCCGCUGCUGUCCAAUGAUCAGGGGUCAGAGAGUCACUCCUCAGCUUCUGAAACCGAGUCCACCGGGUCAAGACCAUCAGAACCUGAACCAAUGCCUGAGACGACUUCCGCAGCUAUCGGCAGUAGGACGGCAGCUUCAAGGUAUUCCAGAUAUUCAAAUGUUCGCGACUCGCAUUCAGGAGGGUCUUCCACUCGUAGCUCUUUCGAUGAGGAGCUCCACGGCAGAACAAACCUAGCCGACGGAGGCCAUUUGGGCCCGACGCAGACGCUGUCCGGCCUCGAGAUCCAGCGGGUUUGCAGCCCGCGAGAGGCACUGAGGUCAAAAGCCGUUAUUAAGCCGGUCAUAGUAGAGAUUGACCGGAAAGAAAUGAUGAUUUCAGAACCUGUAUCGACAAACGGCAAGCCCAAAAUUUCCACCAAACCUGUGGUGACCAGCACAAGUAAAAUGACCAGUAGCAUUACGUUCUACCCCAACGACCCGAGCUCUUCUAGAACCAGCAGCCGCAGCAGCAGUGUGUCCAGCGAAGCCAUGCCUACAAAGGAACGCCACACGUCGACCAGUAACAUCCUCAUAGGUCCCACCAGCGACCACCACGGAAGUGUGUCCGUCCCUUACGAAAUAUCCAUCCCCAAGAGUGAGAUCCCACUGCGCUCACACCCGGACCAAGACAGUGGGAUGGAUUAUUCCAGCGAUUCCUCCUCCAGGCCCAAACUCGGCACCUCCAGAGUGGAGAGCACGGCAAGCCACCGGAGCUACCAGCGCAACAACUUCAGCUCCCUGUCCUCGGACUGCACCGCCGACCUGAACGACAUGGAAUCGGGCUUCGAAAGCAGCAGCAGCAGCACCACGGUGACCAGCUGGAGAAGCCAAAGACAAAACCCUCACUCUCUGGAGGACGCCAUGCCUGACAUGCGGAAUGUGACGGUGAGAAGCACGUGGAGGAACAGAGGAGCUGUGUCUGCGGACGAAACCAGGAGAGGGAGAGGUGGCACCAAGGCGGUGAUGGACGGUGGGUCGGAAGAUGAAGUGGAAGCGGCACCAACUUGGAGAGCUUAUCCCGCUACCACCACUGACAUGGAGGAAGUGGUCAACAGUCGAACUGGAACUAGUGGGAGCACUGCAGCUGCGAAGGGAGUCAAACCGUCACGUGCUGAGGUGUACAUGCGCCAGAUCAACAGUACUGAAGACACAGGACUCCGUCGAACCAAAAGAUCUCAGUCACCCUCUGUGGAUGCAGGAGGUCUGGUACGGUCCAUACCUCACGCACCAGUUACCUCUCAGUCCUGGGGCAGGCCUUCCUCACAGUCGCCACAGAGCAUCGACGAGAGCCCGUCCUCCUGGAGACAGCAGACGUCUUACGAGCGGACCACCAAGCCUAAAGGGGAGCUGUGGUCCAGCAGAAGUCAGGGAUCAGGGGCCAGGACUGAAGGACGGGGUGGCGCUGGGAGCCGACCAUGGACACAUCGCCAGGCUGAGCAUCACUAAACAGGAGCACAGGACCUCAAACAGUGUCGACCAUCUCAUUCCGACAUCAGAAAACGUUCCUCCGAUCAUGAACCCCUCAGCUGACGUCCCAUCUUGGAUGGAAAGACAGCAGCGCCUGCAGAGUUUGGUGUCUCCGCUCCGCCUGUCCCCUCUUCUGCUGGAUGUGUUGCUGUGUACUCCUGAAGCUUGACAAGGAAGAGGGCGGCACGCUGCUCUCGCUGGAUGUUUCUCUCCACAAAUAUUCAGUUCACCAUCGGAAAGGAACCGUUCUACUCAAGGAGCAGAAAACUGGAGACCAUUUUUACUUUCCAUCUUUUCCACGUCGAUGACAUUUUAAUCAGAUCCUCUUGAAACUUACCAGCAAUCUUCAUGCACGUGUCUGACUUUUUCAUUUCGUGUCACCACUUACUGGCGCGCUCCAGCCUGGAUUUCCUUCAGAUCUCCGGAGCCAAUAUUCGCAUGAUGCAAGGUCAUAAACGGUGAAAGAUGACCGCGGUUUAAAAGCAUUGCUGCUUCAGAGACUGCACCCUUGACUCCUUAUUUAUAUCUGGUUGUGCAUCGUGUUCCGCUCAUGUCAAAGCGCACGUAAAUCUGGAGAAAUAACAGAGAGGGGGCGCUGUUGUAACCUCAACUUUUCUUUGAUGUAAUCUCUCAGUUAAAGAGCCAUACUUAAACUGGAUUAGUCUGUGUGAACGGGACCGCUGAGUCCCGACCCGUCUCUUCCUGGUUUCUGUAGAGUCCAGAAAUAUGCAUUUUGCUUGAGAGAGUGACCAAAAGCUUUGGUUCUGCGAUCAGGCAUGAGACACAAUAAUGCAAAUGGAAAAGUUGCACAGCUAUAUUUUACCUUCAGAAUGAUUCUACUAUUUUUCUAGACCGUUUUUUCAUACGUGCCUUGAGAUGGAGAUUCACGAUCCAGAUUUCAUUUUUCUUCCAUGUUUUCUUCGGGUUGCUGCGAGUCAACACAGGGAGUCAGCCGUAGUCUCACCGCUGCUCUCGAGAAGGAAACCGCCCGGGUUUCCUCCGACCUCCGUUCCUCCGCGGUGGACAUCUCAGGUAUUCCUUUGUGAUCACAGGCGUUAUGAUGCGAACAUCAGAGGCAAGAGGGGAUCAUGCUGGAAGUGUCAAACAGUCAGAGCUGGGUCCCUGAAGUGACCUAAAUGUUAGUUCAAAAGUGAUUCAGAUUUUAAAAAAUAUCAAUCGUUGUUUAGUUUGGUAGAAGAAGAUCACAUUUACAGAUCAAGUUUUUGACAGCGAUUACUGUUCAUGUCAUUCCUGGUUUAUUCCUGGUUUCACAAUUCAAGCCUCAGUGUGAGAAACUAGUGGUCUGUGAGGUGAGGUUGAUUUUGACAGACCUCACUGAGUGAGGCCCGGUUCCCUCACAAUGACGAGCAGCUCCCUCGGUAGCUGCCGGGGUCAGAGGUCUAAUCCUGACCCUUCCGUCUUGAAUACGGGAGCGAGGAAGGCCUGUCGGGGGCGUUGUGUCCGAGCUUGAUCUGCACGAAGAUGCUCCUCCUGCAUGUGGCAGCCUCGCUCUUCUGAUCCAUCUGAAGAGGGAACCGCUGCAUGCUUCCGAGGCUCUGAACUCUCCAUCCAUCUUUGUCUGGAGACCGGAGUCAUGGCCGAUCUAAAACAUUUGCGCAGUGUUGACGCCACGGAAUGUACUAAUAGGACCCGCGGGGGAAGCCGGUCUCGCGGAUUUCUCUCCGUGUGUGGAGCGCGAGAUGCGCUCGUCCUCAGCGCGCUCCAUUGUGAAGCCGAGGUCAUGGCGUCGUCGGGUGGCGUAGUCCGUAAUCUGCACUUAACCCGCACUUAACUUUCAGACCUCCAGCGACUAAUACCUUCCCUUUAGUCCCCUUUUUUCCGCCAAAAGUUUCCUGUUUGUGUUUUCGCCAAAUUAGGAGGGGAGGGGGGGCGGAUAAUCUCACUGGAUUAGGAUUGUGCUGGAAUCAUUCCACAGUGUUUCUGCGUGGGUUCAAUUCCCUGUUCUCCUCUGUGCGUUUUAUUCCUUUAACAAAAGAUGUCUUAUUUUGGAAGCUAUAUCACAUGUUUUUUUUUUUUUUAUUUACGGAAACUAAUUUUGUAAAGUGGGCCUUAUUAUUGUAAAUAUUUUACCGUCGCUGUGUUGCCUUCCUACACUCCUGGAGAGUCCUGUUUUUUUUGUGUGUGUGUGUUGGCUAUUUCCAACUUUUCACCAUGGAUUUGUGUCAGAUGUGUCACCUCCUUCGCUCAUGAAUUCAGGGUUUGUUUGUCCGCCGUGCUGUAUGAAUUGCCAAAGAUGGAAGUGUGUGUGUGUAUAUACAAACACUCAGAACUGGACUUCCAGACAACUCGACCACCUAUUGUGUUGUGUAUAAGUGUUAAUAAACUGUGCGCAGUAGAAGACCUAACAGGGAGGUGUGUUAAAAUCCAGAUCAAAUACUAUUUUAUUAUUGCUUCUCAAUGUGUCGGCCAUGUUUAUGUUCAGUUUUAGCUCCAGUGCUUUGUGCAUGUUUAACAAGUCUGUGGCGCUCUGCAUGUAGGUCUCUGGAGUCUGCCAGCUGUACAGCAAGCAACUGUGUGUAUUCUAAUAAACAUUUUAAAAACUGGUCGG